CUCGACUCAGGGCUGGUCAGUCAACCUUUCUGUACCUACUCUACAUACCCGAGCCCAACGUGAUCCGAUCUCCUCUCCACAUUAGGAUCGAACCAUCACCCCUCAACUAUCUCAUAUACCUCUCUACAACCACUCACCGAAGACAUCCCGCCCACAAAACUACUAUGGCCGAUAUUAUGGGAUACCGAGAGCAAAUCAUGGCGAACUGCAAGCUCCUCUACCCAGGCAAGGAGUUUAUUAUUGCCACGACGUAUGGGCGCACCGGCACAAUGACGUCAUUUAUCAGGGAGACGGGAACAAGGUCCAUGUUCUGGAACGAUUCUCCAGUAUCGGUUGGGCUGCACACCCGUUUUACAAUCAAUUCUCUCUCAGGUUUGAUGGGUCAGACCGAAACACUACUUGCCGAUAAGAUUGACGAGGAUCUACAGAUUGAACGGAAGAUCGAUGAGGAGAUCGCUGGAGAAUACGAGAAGCUUACGGAUGGGAUCGAUGACGAAGACGUGAAGGCCGAAGUGCAUGCGCAGUUACGGAAACGUGAAGAAGCAAGAGUGUUGAAGGAGAGAGCAGAACGCAAGAAGAUGAUCCAAGACAAGGCAAAAGCGAUUACGCAGAUUUUGGAAGGCAAGGAGAGUACUGCGCAGGCAACCGAGACGGCUCCCGACCACGAAAUCGUCAUUUCUGCCGAUGGUGACGAGUCGUCGGGCGCAGAGGAAGCCUCUACCGAGGAUAGUACUGCGCAGGCAAUCGAGACGGCUCCCGGCCAUCAAACCGCUCUUUCUGACUAUAGUGCCCUGCGCGCGGAUGGAGAGGAAAGGAUUCCUCGAGGAGGCAUGUUGAUAUCUGAAGCGGCUACGGAAACGGAGAACAUCACGGGCUCGCUACAGCAUCCCCCAGACAACGGAUCGGCUUCCGAGCAGCAACAGCUUACCACUCUUACCACUCCCGAAGAGGUGCUGGUGUCUGCGGCUGUAGGGCUUUACGCCGCAAAGCUCCUAAGAGGGAUUGAAGUGAUCAAGAAGCUGAGGGCUGAGAAUUCAGAGUUCUGUGUCGAGCGCAGCGCGCUCAUGGCCGAGAUCGAGUCUCUGAAACGGAAUGCCACAGAACAAUGUGCACAGCACCAAGUCGUUCAGGCCGAGCUCAGCGAAUUGAAGACCGCACUACGGGAACGCGAUAAUGAGACCGCACUGGAACGGGAACUAGGGUGUGAAUCCUGGGCCAGAGCAGUAUUUCAAUUGCAAACGAGGAACGAUUGCCUUACGGAGACAUUGACCAGCGGCAACACACGGGCUUCAGCCGCGUUGGCUCGCGCUUCAGCUGCGCAGGCUCGCCAGGCCAAACUCGAAACUGAGUUGCUAUCGUGGCGACGAUAUUUCGAGAUGCGCUCUUUUCGAACUGACAUCUCCGGACCCGAACGAGCACACUGCGCUUCUGCUGUCUGUACGACCCAAAACGUUCUGUGGCCCGAAAUAGAGGCGGCUCCUCCAAGUUCCGCGAGCUCAGUGACAGACGGAGCAGACACACCCUCGACUGUGACGACAGAGUAUAUAAUAAAAAAUUACCUAUUGCUGUAGACGCAUACCGAAGGAUAGGUUUGACUCAGUGAUUCUAAAUAUAUAUCCGACGAUUUCUCAUCAGAUUUUAACUACUGCGUGCGUGUUAUUUGGGAAUUUAAUGAUCGACGAUAAUCUUUCUUGUUUUGGUCUGUUUUCUUACAAUGAUUCUCCGCUUCUCUUGUUCUUCUGUCAUGCUUGCUUCAAUUUGUAAGUGCUUCUAGGGAUUUUUGCCAGCAGAGUAUUUUUUAUCACAACAUUCAGUUGCAUGCGAACUAUCCAGAUGAUGGCAAUAUACGCACUUUCUGGGUUUUCCUUCUCCCCCAGUCACCGAAGGCACUGGCCCGCCGAUGGGGCAACUUCAAUUUGAAUUGGUUUUCUAGUUCAAAUGAAUCGUUGACCAAGUAGAUUUGGGCAUUGUACCUAGUUGGCAU